AUGGACACGAAAAAUUCUGAGCAGCUCGGGCCAUGUCCCGCACCCUCGGACAGUCCGAACGCUGGGAAGGGGCAGCAGACGGACGAAUGUAUUGCAACACAAUUUAAGAACAGACUAGGACUUAAGAGUGCAGUGAACGGGGUGGUGGUUAAUGGCGUGGACGGUGCGUCACACUGCUGUCCGGACGUCCAGCCAUGCUCUAGUCAAAGUGCGGACUGUGUUAAUGAACCUGUCCCAUGCCAUAGUGAGGAGUCAAGUGGAUACAGUUCAAGCCACGAGGAGAGUCGUCAAAAGUCUGUCAAAGAAGAAAGCUCAGACUCUGACAUCCGCUAUGUCUCCUACGGGUCGGAGCUGCAGAUGCCGGACAUCAUGCGCCUCAUACAAAAAGAUCUGUCCGAGCCCUACUCCAUAUACACCUACCGAUACUUCAUACACAACUGGCCCAAGCUCUGCUUUUUGGCAAUGUGUGGAGAUGAAUGCGUGGGAGCGAUUGUCUGCAAGUUAGAUUUACAUCGAAAAAUUUUGAAGAGGGGUUACAUCGCUAUGCUAGCAGUGGAUGAAAAACACCGAAAAAAGCGGAUAGGUUCCAACUUGGUUCUAAAGGCAAUCAGAGCUAUGAUUGCAGAUGACGCCGAUGAGGUUGUUCUGGAAACCGAGAUAACAAACAAGCCCGCUCUGCGACUGUACGAAAACCUUGGGUUCGUCCGAGACAAGCGCUUGUUUCGCUAUUAUCUGAACGGAGUCGAUGCUCUGCGACUUAAACUGUGGCUACGAUAAACCAAUGAACUCUUCUGAAAUUAGCAUUACCAUGUCUUAACUACAGAUCAGAUUGUUACUCGUACGAGUGGUUCGAAUUUGCGUUGGCCGUGUUGUAUGAAAUGGCUGAAUGAAUUCUGUCAAUUGUUGAUGCUGGUUCUGCUGUUGAAUGUUAAUAUCAGCUCAUCAGUUUGGUUUUGUCUGCUAAUAAUUUCUGUCAUCAUUAAAUUUUCAUCGCAUUAAACUAACAUGCUUCUUUGAAAGUGACAAAAUGCCUUUUUGUAUAGGACCAGGAGACAAAGAUUAAGUGUUAAAAUUACAAAUUGUUAAAAAAUAUGACUACCUGGAAACCAUGCCCUCUUUGUUUUAGUUCUGCUAUAUCUGUUAAACUUGUGCAACCGUGAAUAGAAUAAUAAAAUUUCAUUUCUUUAAAUACAA